AUGGCAUCGAAAACAGUGCGUAAGGUGAAUGUUAUCCCUUUGCCAAAAAUAAUUAAGAAAGAGACCUUUAGUGAUGAUGAAGAGGAUACAGUUCAGUGCAAGCUGUGCAGUAAAGGUUUUGUUACACAGAUUGCUCUCAACAACCACGCCAAGAUAGAGCACAUAGAGGAGUACCUCAACGGUGAAGACCUGUGUGUCCAUCUGUUUAAGAAGCAGGUAAGAAGAAAACUGACAGAUGAAGAAAAGAAAGAGAUACAACUGAAAACAGAGAAACUUCUGUCCUCUAUGAAGCCGGUCAGACUGAGCGCGCUCGCUUCCGCAGAGGCCAGCUACAUGAUCAUCAAAGAUGAGGACGCCGUUAGAGCGGUGGAGGAGCAGGAAGUGCGGAGUGCCCCCAAGAAGAGGAUGAGAGUGGAGAAGGAGAGAAAGGAGAAAGAGCCCAAAGCGAUCACUGGUCCGUUCGAGUGUCUGCAACCGUCCACCCUGAACCCGAGUGGCAAGUGUCACCAGAUGUUCUUCUCGUGCUGCGACUACUCGACGCACUUCCGGGAGGAGCACACCAGGCGGCGCAAGGGGUUCAAGUGUCAGGUCUGCGAGAAGCCACUCAGCGGUGACCUGCCCUUCACGUGCUCGAAGUGCGGCGCGGCGUUCGUGAGCGGCGAGCAGCUGGCGGCGCACGCGGGCGGGCCGCAGUGUGCGGCGGCGCGCGGCGGCAAGCAGUACGCGUGCGGCGAGUGCGGCAAGAGGUUCGCGCAGGCGGGCGGCCUGCAGCAGCACGCGCGCUGUCACACGGGCGAGCGACCGUACCGCUGCACGCACUGCGACAAGGCCUUCACGCAGAAGUCGGGUCUGGAGCAACACCUGCGCAUUCACACAAAGUCGCGGCCGUACCGCUGCGUGGUCUGCGAGAAGACGUUCUGCCAGUCCGUGCACCUCACGCAGCACAUGAGAACCCACACCAACGUGAUGCCCUUCCAGUGCGCCGUCUGCCAGAAGCGGUUCAAACAGAGCAGCCACCUCAACUAUCACCUGCGGUACCACAGUCCGCAGAUGACGGACCAGCAGCAGAACGAGCCCGAGGUGACGAUACUGCUGCCGGAGGGCGCGGUCGAACCCGACGUCACGAUUGAGCAGCCCGAGGAGGUGCAGGAGGUGGACGCCCAGGACCUGGUGGCGGAGGAGGUGGAGGAGGUGGAGGUAGCGGACCUGAGCGAGUUCAUAGACGAGGACGGCGCCGUGCUCCACGAGGCCGUCAUGGUCAUGGUGGAGACUAAUGAUGCGUAGAGGCACAGAGACUACUGUGUACUGGCUGACAUCUAUGGAGCGUACCUAGACUUCACUGAGACUUUGUUUACGUUCAACUUAGCUGAUUGUGACAAAACUCGACUUUUACAUUGGACUGUCUUAGCUUAAUAGUAUAAUUUCACAUGUCAAAUGACUUUAAAAAUGAAAAUAAAACUGAAAACAAAAUUUAUUAUUUCUCGCGUUUCGUGCGAGCGCUUUUUCCAACUGAGCCAACCGUUCAAGUGAAGUAUCAUCAUAAAAUAUUGUUUGAUUUGUUCAACUCUCAGGUUGUGGCUUCAUCUACAGGAUCUACUUUACAGUUGAGAAACUACUAAACCCCAAUAUUUGCAUAUUAGGAAAUUGACUUGAGAUGUCGCACUUGCAAAUCUAAACAAUUUGUUAUGUUUUUAAAGUGAUAACCCUCACUUCUGGGAUUAAAUACACAAAUAAAACUGUGUAAAGUGGCAGUUAUCACUUUGAGGUUACCACUUUAAAACAUAACAAAUUGUGUAAAAAUGAAGUCAAACAUAUUGUUAUUAAACGCGAACUUGACUUUUACAUUGGCCUGUCUUAGGUUAAGCUCAGCACAAUUUCAGAUAUCAAAUGAGUGUAAAAAUUAAUUAAUUACAUGUGAAUAAAGUCUGAACAGAGCCUAAAUACACUACACUAGACUACACUACCUUAGACAUCACUCAGACUUUACUUACGUAAAACUUAGAUGAGUUUAAGCUUAACUUAAUUAUUGGUUAAGUUUUUAUAGUCAUUUGAUAUCUGAAGUUAUGCUGAGCUUAAACUAACGGCCGUUCCCAAUAUUCAGUCUAUCUCUAGUUGUGCCUACUAGAGAUAAAAAUCUAUCAGCUAUCGUUGACUUUCCUGUCCCAAUAAACUUAUAGACGGUAACUCACCGUACACGCUGUCUGUCAAUGGGACGUCGUAUAGCUUACCAGCGAUAUAAGUUUGUAUGGAAAUUGCAAUUCACGCGUCCCAAAUAUAAGGCGAUAAGAAUGACUUAUCGGGUAUAUUGGGACAACUUCAGAUUAUUGACAGCUAAUUACUGACUGUAGAAGGUAGUAAUUUAUCUCUAUCUAUAUUGGGAACGGCCGUAAGACAGCCCAAUGUAAACCCAAGUUCGCGUUUUAAGUUUUACUUAAGUAAAGUCUGAGCAAAGUGUAAGUACGCUCUAGAGAUAUCAGUCUUAGAUGUAUUUUGUUUUGAGAGUAAGCUGGAUUAUCACCAGUAAAUAUCUAAUAGUAAUGAUGUAAAUUAAUGAAUUGUAAAAGUAUUUAUCUACACCCAUGCUUUAAAUCCUAUAUUAAAGAUUCUAAAACAGUUAGCUUAUUGCCAACAUUAAAACACCCAAUGUCCUAAUAACCAUUACAUCACACAAACGAGUGUUGUAAUGUUGUACUGAGUUUCAUAACAACACUCCUUUGAUUUUUUUCGAUCCGUUCAUGCGCAAAGAGUUUCAACAGACAGCCUCCUUCUUAUUGCUCGAUGCGUGGUAUCUGCAUGAAUUUCAAAAAAGAACAUUUUCGUUUACGCGCGUUUCACACUACCAGAACGUCGCGCGCCGUAAAAAAAAGUAUGUUAUUCGAUUAGCCGCCAUUUUUUUUGUUUACAAAAAAUGAGUGAUUCAAGUUUAGAGGGCACACCGCCAGAUAUUUUAAUAAUUGCACUAAACAAAAUGUAUAUUACUACUAAAAUAAAUAAUUCUUUCGUUAAAAACUUAGUUUAUUUGUACAUAAUCAGUAAUGGAUGAUAUUAGGUUACUACUAGGACUGGUGUUUUAAUGUUAGCAGUAAGCUAACUGUUUCAGAAUCUUUUAGAGGAUUCAUAUUCUGGGUGUAGAUAAAGUCUUGUAUGCAACUGUUCAUAAUUAGGUAUUAAAACACUCGUGUGAUACCACACUCGGCUUCGCCUCGUCUGAUAAACCCACAUUCGUGUUUUAAUACCCCUUGUUACACAACAGCUGCAUAAAUAACUAUUAAUUGUUUGAUACAGAGAGUUGCCGUCAUAUUAACUGAUGUAGUUAAAGUUUUAGUCAAAUUUAAUGUUAACAGUAACACUGACUUUAAUAUAUAAUUAUAAAAGUGAAAUAUCAAGUCAAUAUCGAUUAUUUGUUUGAAACUUUUGACAGGUUGCUGUUUAGUUGACAUUAAACAUUAGCAAAUAUUUGGCUUAAUUUAACAUUAAUAUUAGUUUUAACCGGCGAACACUGGACAGUUACGGUUAACAGUAAAAGUUAUGACGUCAUUAAUAUUGUCAAAUGAGGCAACACGUGUUUUACUAAACCGGUACUUUAACAUGUUUGAUAUUGUUAAAGUUAUUUGGUGCAACCCAGCCUAAGAAUUAUAACAACGACUUGUUCUAUUUUGGACUAUUAAUACUACAACAAGUUUCCUUAUAUUUUCAUCAUAAUAAGAUAACAGUUGAUAAGUUGCCAUGUGUGAUAUGUUGUUGAUAUUUGGAAGAAUUAAACGUUACCUUUAAGACCGUGUUAUAUAUAUAUAUAUAUAUAUAUUUAAAAUUAUGCGUGAGUGUCGUCGAACUAAUUUCCUUAAGUAGUAUAUUAUGAUAUACUUCUCAAGUCAACUUCCUAAAAUGCAAAAAAUAUUGGGGUUGAGCAGAUAUCAACUGUAAAGUAGAUCCUGUAGACGAAGCCACAACCUGAGAGUUGAAGAAAGACAUAUCAAGAUUAACGAACCAUGCGUGCAAAUUUAAUUUGUAUAAAUUAUAAUCGAUAACAAAUAAAUUAAUUAUUAUUAAAUGAAACGGAGAAAUAACUAAUGUAGUGAAGGAAUGGUAAGAAAAAAAUUUUGUUGUGGAAAUGAAAUGAAAUUUUAUUUGCAAGAAACACUGUAAGUACUUAAGAUUUUAACAUAAUAUUAUUUAUAAUCCAAUAUGUUUCGUCGUUAUAGAGUUGUCUAAAUACCAACACACUACUGUUAUGCUGAAACAUGUCGGAUUUGCACAAUGCUGUCAUCAUUAUUUAUAAAAAUUUGAAGAUAUUAAAAUAUAAGUCGUAAAUAAUUUAACAAUUCUAAAAAAUAGACUAAUUCAUAAUAAUAAUUCAUUUUGUAUUGAAAAAUUCAUUUAAACUAUAGAAGCAUUUAUUUAACUAUUUAUUUAACCUUACCUUGAAAGGUAUAUCUUUCAAUUCACUAAGCAAUUUAUUAUAUAUUUUCAUAAACAUGCUGGAAUAAACGUUUUAUUGUUCAUAUGUUACUCAAAACUUCUAAUUCAUUUUAAACUUUAUCAGUACAUUAAGGGUAUGUUCCGAUAUGUACUGCACAGUGCUAUCACUGUAGAAAAAUUCGUUCCGUAGCCAUUACACUGCCGCAGUACCCUAGGGUAAUAUAUGACGUCAUAAAUCGCCGCCAUAUUCUACUGUGAGCACUGGCGUUUUCGAGGUAAGGUACUCGCAGUACUUUGAUCAUGUGAUCAGUCCAAACCACUCGAGUGCCUAACGUUUUAUAAACAAUACCUACAGUCUAAUCCUAAAUAUUUUUAAUUUGACAGUACUCCGAAAACAGUUUUUUUUAAAUGAACUAGAAAACUUUAAUACACUCAUUUGAAUGCUGCGUCAAACAAUGCGGCUGACAGUAUACGGGAUUGUGUUUCGUUUUAAAUAACCAAUAUAACUAACUAUUAAGGAACGGCUUCACAGUAUACUAAAUUGACGUCAUACUCUGUAGUGGUCGCAGUGCAUAUCGGAACAUACCAUAUAAACUAUAGCUCCGUGCAACCUCAUUGGCUGUCAUGAACCAAUAAGCGCGCACCUCUGACUCGACGCAGCCAAUAAGAGACGCGCUAUUGAUAACAUCCGCCAAGCUUGUACCGUGCGACAAUCGUUACAUUAUCUCAUUCACAAAAAAUGAAACGAUAAUUAGGUACUUCGUAUUAGACUAAAUUACAUUGAUAAUUGGAUUUAGUUCCUGAAAAACAUUUCAAGAAAUUUCGGUUUAAAGUUUAAUAAUAUUAGUGUAUUCCAUACAAGUGGGUUGGGCUACUAAGUCAUGAUGUCAUUUAAACAGUGACAUUCGGGCUACCAUUUUUUGUCAGUUUAUUCAUAUGAAUCACGUGACCAGUUUUGAGUUCUCAACUCAAUUUCGACAUGAUUGUGGUUUGGAACGUUUUACUGGAAUAACAACCAAUUAUUAUAAUUAUGUAGUUGUAAAUUGAUAUCGUUUAACGUUUCUGUUGGUUUAAUUUGGAGUACUUAAGUAUGGUAUAAGUAAGAUGGCGGAAAUUUAAAUUGUUACUUCCAUUUUUAACGAAACAUCAUGGCUAGAAUCAGCAAAUAAAUAUAUUUUAAUGUCCAAACAAAUUAUUAUUGUAAAUUUUAAAUUGAUUACCCUCACUUCUAGGAUUAAUUACAAAAAUGAAAUUAUAUAUUAUUAUUUAAACACAAAUAAAAUUUAAGAACGAUGCGGGACUCGAACUCACGACCUCUGUCGUUCCGUGCCAGUGCUCUAACCAACUGAGCUAACCGUUCGAGUGACUUAUCGUUAUAAAAUAUUGUAUGCUUUGUUCAACUCUCGGAUUGUGGCUUCAUCUACAGGAUCUACUUUACAGAUAACCUACUCAACCCCAAGAGUGGCAUCUCAAGUCAAUUUCCUAAUAUGCAAAUAUUAACGGUUAGCUCAGUUGGUUAGAGUACUGGCACGGAACGCCGAGGUCAUGGGUUCGAGUCCCGCAUCGUUCGUAAAUUUUGUUUUCAAAUUUAAUUUGUGUAUUUUAGUGUCUCAAUAAUAUCGACAAUAUAAUGUUUCUACACUAGAGACAUAUGACUGACUGUACCUACCGGUUGCCAGUAAUUUAAUUUUUGAUUAUAUAAAUAAUUUAAAAGGAAAACUUGUUGAAUUCUGAGAAGAUGUAUGUCGUGUAUAAGACCAGGUGUAUUAAGUCAAUAUUACAUUGUGUAUCUUAUAUAAUAUUAUAACCGUCAUACACAUGAUUGUGUAUUAUAUUAUAUGUAUAUAGCUUGCUAUAAUGAUAGUAUAUUGUUAUCUGCCAAAUAAUUUUAUUACUAUACGCUUUGUAUGUAGACAUAUUUUUUUCGAAUAAAAUAGUUUAAUUCA